GCACACAAAAAUAUUUACGACUGUUUAUAAGACGUGCUUGUGCACAUUGUUUGUGCAAAUUAUUUAAGUAAAAUGCAUUUACCAAGAGUUUAAAUGUAGCAGAAUCGCAGGACAAAGCAAUAUCAAUUGCUUUAAUGACUUAACUUAAGGGUUGUACUUAAAACUUCGCGUUGCUGUGGAAAACUAUGGCAUCGUCAACACAGAAGACUUAAACAAAUGCGGCAAAAACGUUGCUUAAGCAAAAUCUUAAAAUGCAACAUCUUCAUAUGUGUCUGCUUUGCUUAAUUGCAUUAGCGAUACUUUCAUAUUUCGUCCAUCAGCGACCUUCCUGGGUAACUGAUUACAAGGGAAAGGUGUCAGUUAGCUAUGAAGCACAAUCUUGGAAAACCCCGCUUUAUAUUGUGGUGGUCUGCUGUGGUCAAAGAGUCCAGGAGACUCUUGUUAUGAUCAAAUCGGCCAUUCUAUUUAACUAUGACGAAGAGUAUCUUAAGUUUGUGAUAUUCACAGAAGAUGGAAAGGGUGAUGAGUUUAGAGAAAAGUUGACAGACUGGCGGGACAUUAAACCAUUCACAUUUGACUUUGAAAUUUUGCCAUUAAAGUUUCCAAGUGGCAACGAAGUCGAAUGGAAAAAUCUCUUCAAGCCCUGUGCAGCUCAACGUUUAUUUCUGCCGUCAUUGCUAACAAAUGUGGACUCAUUGCUGUACGUUGACACGGACAUAUUGUUUUUGUCACCCAUCUCCGAUAUUUGGCAAUUCUUUAAGAAGUUCAAUGAGACUCAAAUGUCCGCUUUGACGCCAGAACAUGAGAACGAGAACAUCGGAUGGUACAAUCGAUUUGCACGGCAUCCGUUUUACGGCCGGUUGGGUGUUAACUCCGGUGUGAUGCUAAUGAAUCUCACACGGAUGAGAGAAAUGAAAUGGGAACAACAUAUCUUGUCAAUUCAUAAGGAGUACAAGCUACGUAUUAUAUGGGGGGAUCAAGACAUUAUCAACAUACUAUUUUAUUACCAUCCCGAUAAGCUGUACAUCAUGCCAUGCGAAUAUAAUUACCGUCCAGAUCACUGCAUGUAUAUGAGCAUUUGCAAUAUGUCUCAUGCAGGCGUCAAAGUAAUCCACGGCAAUCGUGGCUAUUUCCACUCAGACAGGCAACCGCUGUUUAAGUCUAUUUACGAGGCUAUGGAAAAUUAUCAACUAGGAUAUAAUGCCAACACCGAUUUCUUAAUGCCCUUACAUGCGACAUUAAGUAUACCAUCCGUCAACGAAUCAAGCUGUGGAAAAAUAUCAAAUGAAGUAUUAAAAGUGGCGAAUACAGUUUUAAGUAAAAGGUACAGGGAAGUUUAGAAUUAGAAUAGGUAUAUUUGUAAUAUACUACACUAGACUAUUAUUAGGAAAUGUAGCAGUAUCAUCUAUAUCGAAAUAUAAACGUGUAAGUCAUAGGUUUUAAUGAAUUUUCAUGUUUUAUAUAUAUGCAAUAAAAAUGUAUAUGUUGAAAGAUCAAGAAGUACUUACGCAGAUAGGUUUAAGAUCUAAAAAGUA